AUGUCCGGCUCCACUACUCCAACCUUCAGCUGCGAGCUGCUUUUCUUUGCUGCGUUUUGGUCAUUUUGCUCUUGCUGCUUUUUUGUUCUGAUAUUCUGCACCAUGACAGCACCGUUCUCAUUCCCGCCAACCUAUAACUUUCCACCCUUCUUCACUCCGCAACCCAAUACAAGCACCCGUCACGCCCAGCUCGAGAAAUGGUCCUCCCUGAUCCAAUCCUGGUGUCGACACCACCGCCAGUACCGGCUCUCGUUGAUCGAGGCAGUCGAAUCACCACUCUUUCACAACACAGCUUUGCGCAAGCGUCUUGAUCUGCGCGAAGCACGCGCAGUAGUAGACUGGAUGACCAAGAGCGAGGAAGAGGGCGGUGGUGGGCGGCGGGCGGAGUGGAUCAAUGAGACCGGGUCUUCUGGGCAGGGAGGCAAAUCCAUUGCGUGGAUUUGGUGGAAGAGACCUGAGGAGUGGGCGGAUGUGCUGGUGGAGUGGGUGGAGGGGACUGGGCAGCGGGGUUCGGUGUUGACGGUCUAUGAGCUGAUUCAGGGAGAUGUGACUAUGUCUCAAGAGUUCCAUGGUAUGGAUACUGAUGUGAUGCUCCGAUCUCUGAACGUGCUGGUCAAGAGAGGCAAGGCGCAGAUAUUCGGUGCAGAAGGCCAAGAGGGUGUGAAGUUCUUUUGA